AUUUAUAAUAAUUAAUAUUUAACCCUAAAAAGAUGGAACUUUACGAUACAUUGAAGUCCUAUGACCAAGAUCAUUUACUGACUUACUGGAAUGAUUUAUCGGCGAAGGAACAAUCUCAACUAACUCAGGAUAUUAAAAAGAUAAAUAUCAAUGAAUUGAAUGGGUAUGUGACCAGGGCGCUUGCUCCAGUUAACAACGGACAUUCGAAUAACAUUGAUCAGAAGAUGAAACCCAUUCCUUCUGAACAUUUUGGAAGUGCAACCGACAUGAACGAUGAAAACGCGAAGAGAUGGGAAGUGUUAGGUCUCGAGGAAAUCUCUCACGACCGAAUUGCAGUCGUUUUACUGGCUGGGGGCCAGGGUACCCGGCUGGGGGUGAAGUAUCCGAAAGGAAUGUACAAUGUAGGACUCCCUUCUGGCAAAACUCUUUACCAACUUCAGGCUGAAAGGAUUCGGCGAUUGGAGCAGUUGGCUUUUGAAAAGACUGGCAAAAAAGGAGUCAUAGCUUGGUAUAUAAUGACCAGUGAAGCCACGAAGCAGCAGACUUUGGAUUUUUUUGAGCAACAUUCCUACUUUGGUUUGGAUAAAAACAAUGUUAUUCUGUUUGAACAAUUUACGCUUCCUUGCGUUGAUUUCAACAAAAAAAUUAUUCUUGCUGCUAAGAACAAGAUCGCUACUGCCCCAGACGGAAACGGAGGACUAUACAGAGCGCUUCGCGAGCAUGGCGUUCUUGAUGACAUGUCUAGGCGUGGAGUUCGUGCAACUCAUGUUUAUUGUGUGGAUAAUAUUCUGGUCAAGAUGGCCGACCCUGUAUUUGUUGGAUUCUGUAGAGAAAAAGGAGCUGACUGUGGUGCUAAGGUUGUCGAAAAAAAUCAUCCCGACGAAGCGGUCGGCGUAGUUUGUCUUGUUGACAAUGUUUACCAAGUCGUAGAAUAUUCUGAAAUAACAUCGGAAACUGCACGUCUACGAACUGAAUCCGGGAAGCUCACGUUUUCUGCAGGAAACAUUUGCAAUCAUUUCUUUACUCUAGAUUUCUUGAAGAAUGUUUGCAGUCUGGAACAAGAAAGUCAGCUCUAUCAUCAUGUAGCGAAGAAAAAAAUUCCUUACUUGAACAAAGAUGGUAAAACAGUGACUCCCUCUACCCCCAACGGUAUCAAGAUGGAAAAAUUUGUUUUUGAUGUCUUCAAGUUUUCAGAGAGGUUUGCAGUUCUUGAGGUAAAACGAGAAGAUGAAUUUUCUCCGCUUAAAAAUGCAGAUAAACCAGACGGAAUUGGAGGAGACUCAAAUCCUCGCACUUCUCGAUGGGCUCUCAUGUCUUUGCAUCAUAGACUUAUAGCAUCUGCUGGUGGACAGAUCGCAGAUCAAAGUGGAAAGGUCAUCACUGUUGAAGAGAGCUGCUCAAAUACUGAAAGGGAAUAUCCGGUACAAGUCGAGAUUUCUCCACUGUUGUCGUAUGCUGGAGAGGGACUAGACAAUAUGGUCAGGAAUAAGACGUUGCCUUCACCUGUCCAUCUGACUCUACAACAAUGAAUGUGAUAUCCUACUGUUUUACGCUAGCUAGGCAAUUGAAGAAACUUCUCCACUGCUCCCGGUCAACUUAGGCUCGUCUAUGUUAGCCAAUGUGUGAUAAUUUUACUGAAGAAUAGCAAUAUUAUAUAAUUUAUGCUCUAUGUUAUUAUUUUUAAGUUUUAUUUUUUCAUUUUUAUGGAUAUAUUUAUGUAUACCUAUUAUUUUAUGAUGGAAAAGAAAACAUAGGAACACGGAUAUGUUAUAUCAGAAGCAUAAAAAGUCAAAUUUAACCAGAAAAAUAUUUUUAUAUUUUUAUCAUAGCUUGAUUUUCGAUGUCAUUAUUUUGGAGUUUUUUAAAAAAUCUGCUACUUAUACCACAAUUUACAACAUUCCAUGGUCGAAAUUAUUAUUUCAGAAUUUUCAUCAAAAUAAUAGAUUAUUUUGUUUUGGUCAUAUCGGUGAUCUGAUAUUUUGUUGUAAAAUAAGAGGGAAAUAUAUAUAUAGGGUAUCCAUAAAGGCCUAUUACUGAUGCCAUAUAUUGUUUUGGCCAUUAAAGAUGUAUUAAAUGAAGUAAAAAUAAUUAACCAGCAAACCUGGUUAAGAUAUAUUGAGAACUGACUUCAUAACAAAAUUGAAAUUGUAAAGAGACUUUAUGGACAUCCUGUAUUUUCAAAUCUUUCACUAUUUUCUCCGUUUGUUUAUCUCAAUUAGGAAAACCAUUUAUAUAUAAAAACUUUUUUAAUUUUGUUCUCUGUUUGAAGAAAAAUUGAAGCCAAAUAUUUUAUUUCGUACUCAACUUCUUUUUACGAGUCCUUUUCAUAAAUUCACUCAGAACAAAUUCACUAUGAACAAGCAGUCUUUAUUUAUUUCCUUCCAACUGGAUCUCGCAGUGCCAUGAAUUCAAUUUUCUCGUAUCUAUCCCGAUAGAGAACUUAUAAUCAAGACAAGAUAAUUUGCUUGUGUUAUGUUUUAAUUGUAACCAAGAACGGCAGACAUUAUUUCGUUGUUUGUGCGUGUUCUUUCUAAACAAGGCUCUGUUGAAGGAACUAUUGGAAGGACUAUUGGUGAUUGUCUUCGAAUAUUAUUUGAAACUAAAUUAACAGAGGCAAAGCAAUGCCUCACCUAUGAUUGGCUAAUUUUAUUUCCCACCAUAUGUGAAGGAAAGUAUCUCUAAAUUAUGAUUGAUUUAUUUAUCAUUGAUUUAUUCUCUAAUGAUUGAUUUAUUAAAAUAACUCAAAAAUUGGACAACCCAACACAGCUGUGUCUACAACAGAGGUUGGAGGGGGUCACAAUGCUAGGUGCCAAACUGAUUUUACCUCACUUCACAAGAAAACUCCGUUUUUCCCAGUUUAAUGCUCGAUAAGGUUAUUUCAGUUGAUGGUUUUGCUUUUUUAUGCAUGAAUUGUUUAAUUAAACAUAAUGUGAUUUGGGAUAUACCAGUCCAAAUAACACUUUUAAUACCACUGGAAUGAUAACCCUGGGGGCAUGGGUGCUAAAAAUCUCCGAAAGAGGGCCACGAGCCAUAAAAGGAUGAAAACCACUGACUGGUAUACAGCAUAAGUCUUUUAGUAUGUAUGAGUUUGUGCUCAUAUUUAUUAACUUUGUCGAAAAUGUCAGAAAAUUGUCAAAAAUUGAGCUCUCAAAAUACUGUGGCAAAUCUUCUGCUGUUUACUAUAUAUGAAACUAUUAGUUGGUAAAAUUAUCUUUUACAUGUAGUUGGUUCUUUCUUUUAUUAAUACCAGUAUUUGCCUUAAAGUUCCCUAGAUGCCUAUCUAACAGUAGCAUAAAAGAUUAUUUAUUUGUGUAAUUUUAGUCCUGUAUGAAUUUCUCAUUUGUGCAAUUGAGCAUGCUAAUAUUGUAUUUGGAAUUUUAUCUCAUCAGAGGUAAGCUAUACUCACUCAAUUAUUAAUGUGGUGUAAAUGUGCAUUGAUGAUAAUGUUUUGCAAGCGUGCCGUAAAUCGGAUAAUAUUUUAGAACAUUGCUUCUCCAACUUUUUUGCCCCAGAUCAUCUACGAAUUCUUGCCUUGCGGAACACCUAGUAAUUAGAAGGUAAAAUUGGUGGUAGCUUCAAAAAAAUUUAGCCUAUGGUGAAAUUUUAAAAUUAGCAGUAAUUUUUACAAGUAAAAAUUCGGCCAAUGCUUAACGAUAUUAAACGAUUAACGAAAACACCAUGUUCCCGAUAUGGCUCAAAGUCUAUCCGUCUGUUUGUCCCCAUUUGGGAGACAAAUUUACAACCCAGAGUCGCCAAAGUCCGACCGUUAUCACCAUGGCGACCAGUUUAGUAGCAAUUGUGCUUCCUGUUCUGCGGAGCACCGUGAAGAAGCUCGUAGAACAUGUUGCGCGGAAAACAGUUUGAGAAGCGAUAUCUUAAAAUACUGGAAUUUAAAUAACUUCGAUCGCAAAAUUUCGGAAAAUCGUUUUGGUUGCCUAGAAAAAUUAAUGAUAUGUGCAAAAUUUUACUUUAUGAAGUCUACAUGAGUUUUUCGUGCAUUCAUUUU